CACGCCCCCCCCCCCCCCCCCCAUCUCGCCAGCUCACUCUCUCUCACACAAACUAUUAUUAUUCACCACAUACUGUACUCUAUCACAAUGCUCACAGAACCACCACUACUAACUACUGCCCCUCCCCCUCCCUCACUCACUGACCCUAUCCUCAUCAUAGGCGGCGCUGGCACCUUCGGCCUCUCAACAGCCUGGCACCUCGCUCAACGGGGUUACGCAAACAUAACCUGUCUCGACAGGUUCCCCUUUCCCUCAAAGGACUCGGCCGGAUAUGACUGCAACAAGAUGGCCAGGAGCGAGUAUAACCCCGACUCGACAACAAAGCCCGACCAGGUCAUACACAGGCUCUCGCAGGAGGCCUUGAAGGCUUGGCGGGAGAACCACCUCUUGAGGGGGACGUUUCAUGAGACGGGGAGGAUCUCCAUUGCUUCUUCCACUGAAAAUUAUGAGGAGUUGCGUGAAUAUUACACGGAAUUACAGGCCGGUCCACGAGCAAAGGACGUUAAAUGGUUCGACUCGCCCGCAGAACUCAAACAGUUUGCGCCGUACCUCACCGGCGAGCUUGCAAACGCAAAAGCCGUCUUCAACCCCGAAGGCGGCUGGGUCUACGCAAAGGAAGCUAUGCAGAGAGUCGGAGAAGAAUGUAAACGUUUGGGAGUCAAAUUCGUCUCCGGCGGCGCUGGCACCGUCCGUGAGUUCAUCUUUGCCUCCUCCCAAAUCGACAAUGACGACGACGACGACAAGACAUCACCCCCCAACUCCUCCCGCAUCAUCGGCGUCCGCUGCCAGGACGGCACAACCCACCCCGCCGCCCACACCAUCCUCGCCGCCGGCGCCUGGUCCCCCACCCUCCUCUCCCUCCAAUCCCAACUCAUCUCCAAAUGUUGGACCCUCGCGCACAUCCCCAUCACCAACCCCACCGAACGCGCCCUCCUAAAAGACAUCCCGGUGAUUCUCGACCUCGAAAAGGGGUUCUUCUUUGAACCGGAAACGGCCACGGGGCUGGUCAAGAUAUGCAAUGAGUUUCCGGGGUUCACGCGGUGGGUCGACGAUAUGAGUGUCCCGGACGCGGCCGGGGUGCUCCAUAAACAACGGAUUUCGGUUCCCCGGGGCCACGGCUCGCAUCCAACGGACGGGAUCCCCACCCGCUCCACGCAAGAGAUCCACGACCUGCUGCGGCUCCUCAAACCCGAAUGGGCCGACCCGGAAACGUAUCCGUUGCAGGACGUCAAAAUGUGCUGGUGUACAGAUACACCCGACCGCGAGUUCCUGGUUUGCUCCCACCCACACAUCUCGUCGUUGACGCUCGCGACCGGGGCCAGCGGCCACGGGUUCAAGAUGCUGCCGACGAUUGGGGACUAUGUGGCCGAUCUGGUGGAGGGGAGGAGGUUGGAGGCGGCGUUGGAGUCGGCCUGGAGGUGGAGGCCGGAUGCGGGGGAGAGGCCGGGGGAUGGGACGAGGCCCGGGGCCGGGGGGGAUUUGGGGGAUGUGGGUGGCUGGAGGAGGGGCGAAGAUGAGAGGGCGAGGGGUUGAUUGAAGACAAAGUGCACUUUACGUCCCCCCCCCCCCCCCCGAUGGAUGUUGCAUACAUGUAGAGUAGGUAAAUCAUAUAGAAAGUCGGCAACAGACGAGUUUGCGGACUAGCUUCGGCAUCCGAUAGCAUGAAUCAUUUUCCCUCAUUUUUUCCUGUUUCGAUUCUUCUGCUUCUCAUCCGGUCGAUGUCUCAUACUGUAUAUGUGUGUGUGGGUGUUUCUCCUCCCGCAGCCCAACAUUCACACGGGUUUGCUCGGGCUACACUAGGUGUUGCAGCGGU